AUGGCGCGCAGCCUAGUCGUCGCCAGUAUUGGUUUACUCUGUUCGAGCUCUUUCGCGUCAGCCCUUUCGUGGAACGCGACUGAAUACAUGUUUGUAUUUGGAGACUCAUACAGCACCGAUGGAUACAACAUCUCUGCUGGUGUCAACUCACCAGUCCCAGGAUAUACUUCAUCAGAUGGUCAGAACUGGGUUCAAUUUUUGACCGGUACAUACAACCAAAAGACCGUGAGGACCUUCGACUUGGCGUACAGUGGUGCAACAAUCGAUGCAGCCCUUGUUCCACCUUAUCAACCCACUGUGCUCUCUGUGGUUGAUCAGGUGGCUCAAUUCGACAAGUACCUAGCAUCCAAGCCUGCUGGCGCUGCAUGGGACAGCACAAACAGUCUGUUCGCUGUGUGGAUUGGUAUAAAUGAUAUUGGAAACUCUGAAGGCUGGACCAACAUCACUCAAGCCAAAUUCUAUGGAACUCUCAUGGACCGUCUGUUUUCCCAGGUUGAAGAUUUGUACUCAAAGGGCGCUCGAUCGUUCUUGUUCCUCACUGUUCCACCUCUGAAUCGCGCACCCCUCUACAUCCAGCAGGGUUCAAAGAAUGCAGCGAAAGUGGGCACUAACGUUGCUGAGUACAAUACGCAACUCACGCAAUCCGUACGAACCUUCAAAUCCAAGCACCCAAACCUUGACACCGUCACUGUGGUGGACACUCAGCCCAUCUUCAACACACUUCUUGACAACUGGCAGACUUACGGUUUUGUAAAUGUUACUGGUUACUGCGAAGCUUACGAAAAUGGCACUCCCACUACCACUUACCAGGUUAAGGGUUGUGAACCUGUGUCGAAGUACUUCUGGCUUAAUGCUCUGCACCCACUGUUCACGGUUCACAACAUUUUAGCAAAGGCGAUCUCCACUGCCCUUAGUGGUCAUCCUGCCACGCAGAUCGCCACCUAA